UGUGCACGCUCAGUCUCCACGUUCUCAGAGCGAGGCUUAGUCCAGGGCAUCAACUUCACCUGUGUCAAUUGCUGCCUUUGCUCUCCUAGGCUGGAGGAGGUGCCGUUGGAGGUGCUGAGGCAGAGGGAGUCGAAAUGGCUGGACAUGCUUAACAACUGGGACAAAUGGAUGGCGAAAAAACACAAAAAGAUCCGGCUGAGAUGCCAGAAAGGGAUUCCACCUUCGCUGCGCGGUCGGGCCUGGCAGUACCUCUCGGGGGGCAAAGUCAAGCUGGAACAGAAUGCUGGGAAGUUUGAUGAGUUGGAUGUAGCUCUGGGGGAGCCCAAGUGGCUGGAUGUGAUUGAGCGAGAUCUCCACCGGCAGUUUCCAUUCCAUGAAAUGUUUGCUUCUCGAGGAGGUCACGGGCAGCAAGAUUUAUUCCGCGUGCUGAAAGCCUACACUCUCUAUCGGCCAGAAGAAGGCUAUUGCCAAGCCCAGGCCCCGAUUGCUGCCGUGCUGUUGAUGCACAUGCCGGCCGAGCAAGCUUUCUGGUGCCUUGUGCAAAUCUGCGAGAAAUACCUUCCUGGCUACUACAGCGAGAAGCUGGAGGCCAUUCAGCUGGAUGGCGAGAUUCUCUUCUCUCUGCUGCAGAGAGUCUCCCCGCUGGCCUACAAGCAUCUUAGCAAGGAGAAGAUCGACCCCAUCCUGUACAUGACGGAGUGGUUUAUGUGUGCUUUCUCCAGGACGCUGCCCUGGAGUUCGGUGCUGCGGGUCUGGGAUAUGUUCUUCUGUGAAGGAGUCAAGAUCAUCUUCCGGGUGGGCCUGGUGCUUCUGAAAUACACUCUGGGUUCUUCCGAGAAGCUCAGAUCCUGCCAAGGGCAAUACGAGACAAUGGAACGGCUGAGGGCCCUGAACCCCAAGAUCAUGCAAGAGACAUUCCUUGUGCAGGAGAUCAUAGACUUGCCAGUGACAGAGCGUCACAUAGAGCGGGAACACCUGAUCCAGCUGAAGAAAUGGAAGGAGACCCAUGGGGAACUGCAGUGCAAGUCCCCUCCCCGCUUCCACGGCGCCAAGGCUAUCCGGGACUCGGAGCCGUACUCCUGCAAAGCCUUGGAGCCCUCACCCUCUAUCAUUCUGCCCCCCGGUGCUGCCCUCUCCCCCAAGGGCCGCAAGAGCAAGCCGCGGAGAGGGGCCCACAAAGGGCCACUCGUCACGGGCAAACAAGCCAACGGUCCUGUCCCUGAAGAAAACGGAUCUCAGACUCUGCUGGAGCCCGACUCCUCCCUUCUCCACCAGUCCAAGGAGAGCCUCAGCUCCCGGGAGAGUGAGGACACAUACCUCUAAACGCGGGGGCUGCAUUUUCCAGACCACCCCCCGACCAGACCUCAGACCAGACUGUACCAGUGACUCCCUUGGUAGGAAAAUGGUAGCUGGGAUUGUAAGGAGGGAGAGAGAGAUUUGUGGGGGGGUAAGCGGGUAAGUAUCAUGCCUCCCAGUGGCUGAAGGAAGGAGUCCCAUAUGCCUUUGGCACCCCUGGUUGGAAGGACUAAUGCCAAGAGGGCUCCUGCUGUCCUCUGCUAGGGGGUGGGGGAGGUGUUUCUGAGGCUGGCAGGCAGUGGGGCGGCCCUCCUUGCUCUUGGGGAAGGUUUGAUUGGCAGGAGCCCUACAGGUAUAGAAACAUGGGAGAGGGAAGUGGCUCCAUGCCACUGCUAAACUGCAGGCAUGGUUUGGCUCAGCCUAACACCCCGGCACUUUUCCUGAUAGGAGUAAAUGAAGGUCAUCCUCUUAACUCUGACCCUGCCCUCCUCUCCCUCGGUGGACCGAAGUGCAGACACUCCUUGAUUUCUUGGCAAGAAGGGCUAGUGCCCAUCUUUCAUGCGUGCAAUUGCCUUUGCUUUCAAGUCUUACAUUCCAGUCUUGAUCAGAGAAGCAGCCGGACUUCUCUCUCAGAUGCUACCUCUCUUGACCCUUCUCUAAAGCCGCUGACCUCCAGAAGUGUUUAGGCUACCACCGGCCCUGUCACACCAAGCCUAUGAUGGGAGUUGUAAGGCCACCUGGAGGUUCUCUGGGGAAGGAUGCCCGAGGCACCCGUUUCUCCUGCCGAGGUUCUCCAGAUGAAUGAUCAUGUGUCCCACUGGGCACCUUAAGUGGAGUGAACGGUGUUAGAUUGGGACACUAAUUCCAUGUGUCCUGUCUUAUGCAUAGGAACAACUGUAUUUGGCUGUUGUGUUUCUUCCUCUUACCUGCAUGGCCCCCCAUGACCCAUUUCCUCUAGCAGAAGAGGAGUCCAAGACAUUCAUGUUUCUACUCCUGCUGAUAAAAGUCAGAGAGUUAAAAGGAAAUGCUGUCCAGCUAGCCUCGCUGUCUUGACCAAAUUCCCACAUGCUGUACAUCCCAGAAAUGCUGAAUCCCCCCCCCCCCCCCGCAAUUCUGGACCAGAAGGAACUCUGGCAGAAAUCUGACGCUUGUCUUCCUUGCAAGUGGUUUGGAUUCCAGCCGGUCGUCUUGCAUUCCAGUGCUGUGAUUUUCUUUUUAAAGAGCACUCUGUUUCCAGGACACUAAAAUCCCCCCCCUUUUUUUGCCCAUCUUUAGCAAAGCAGCCACAAGUUGAGUCGAGUCUUGUUUUUGCCAGCAUCGACAAAGUUAAAGCUGAGCUGCUCUGAUUAUGUGAAGGUAUGGGUUCAGACACGCAAAAUACUAUCCCCCUAUCCAAUUUUUGUAGUCUGUUGCCGGCCGGGCUUCAGCCUUUUGUAUUUCCAAGGAACAGUAAACUGACACUCUCAUCCUUGCACGAAGCCAAGUUGGGGGGGGGAGAAGCUUCUGUGGUUUAUUAAGGAGGUGCAAGAAGAGAUUUCCCCCCCUGCCCCCCCUUUUGUGGCAUAAACUUGGUUUGUUGGGGGAGGCACAAAGUAACACUUGCCGUUGUCUUUUCUGUUGGCAAAAAUAGAAGUGUGUAUUUGGGGAAGGGUACGGGGGGGGCUGUUCUCUCUUUCCUCCUCCUGUGCCAGAUUAUGGCCGACGGUGGGUUCUGUCGAUGUGGAUUUUUUAAAAAAAAUCAAUUGCUGAAAUUGUUUUGUACAAGAGGCGAAAUAAACCUGAAUUAUGUAAA